UCACGAUGUCGGUAUUAUGCACGCCUACCACCACGAGUCAUUAUACAGAUGCUACAGGCAUACAUUGCUCCUAUGUUUGCAUGCAAUAAAAGAGCUAUCAUUGCCAUAUUGGACUCGACGCUCACUUAGCUAUACCGGCCCUGGAGCCCAACUUCCCCACUCUCUUCGCAUGGCAUGAACGAUAAGCUACCCUUCAGUUUGUUCCUAUUAAUCCCAAAAUAGGAUCGAGGACCACUUACAUAUGCAACCCCAGCGAAUAAUGAUACUGUUUGCGUUUUCUCCGGCAUUAUUUUGGACUGGAAUGUUGAUGUCCUGCAUCUGGAACCUCACUUCUGGAACAUUUUCUCAAGACAACAUUUUCUCGUCGCUGUCUCGUAUAUUCCUCCUAUGGUCGCAUUCUUUAUUCAAGAUCCAUCUCUGUCUCCGCUAUCAGUCCUCUCCUCAUGUUCGGGUCGUUUUCUUCUACGCAUUCCGCCCUCUGGACCUGUUGGACUCGACGUUCUGGUACAGCUCUGAAGAUGUUGACAAGACAUCACAUCGGGCUCUUCCCCAAGUGGACAUGUACUCAAGUCCAGCCUUUCUAGGCUGCGGCGCAAUGCUUGCAAGUAUAUCUUGUAAGUAUUCUCGGCAGUCAUACUAUCCCUAUGGCCUCGCAAUCCAUCAUCCAACCAUGCAGCCUUUUGCUGUAUUGGCAUCGUUGAUGUUGUCUCCUUUGGGUGGUUUAUGCUGCCUGCAUUGUCACGCAUGUGGUACACAUCUCUCCCCGUUACGUACCGGCCUUCGCCCAUCGGUCAUAUCUCACGAAGACUCUGUUGUUAGUCUUCGGGCCUUCCAUGCAAGUUUGCAUAUUUAUUCUCAAAGGACUUAGGAUGUUUCGUGGGUGUGAGGGUUGGUAAAGCAUUGAUGGAUGGAUACAUCGCGACUCCGGCUCCUACAAGACCAGCCACUUGACCGCCACUCCAGGACUCCUCAACGCCCGCCCCUUCACUUACUUGUAUCCCAGUAGCUACGUCACGCACAACACAACCUGAAAUGCGCCAUGCACUUGCGCAAAACCGUUCAUUGUCUUAUCCUAUGGUAGCUCUCCCUCACUCGACUAUAUAAGACACCCAAUUACCCAUCUUCACAUCAAAAAACUCCGCAUUAGCUUCCUUAGUCUAGUGGUCAGAACUCUCACCUUACAAUUUGCAAAGGCUGACAGGUUCGAUUCCAGGUUCUUCCAUUUCGGUUCGACUUUACGGAAUUCGACACGACACUAACCUACAGGUUUAGAUAGUUGCUUGCUUGUUUUCCCCUCGUCUCACCAGUACGUCGUUC